AUGGCCGCUGGGCGGGCCUUCUUCUGCGCCCCCUCCUCCAUCGGAGCCACCGCCCGUCGGCUAGCCUUCGCCUCACCCCCGUCCCGCCCCCUCGCCUCCGCGCCCCACCGACGCGUCCGCGCCCGCUGCUGCGCCUCAAUCUCCUCGUCCUCAGAUGCCUCCGCGCCCGCGCCGCCACCCUACGUGCUCACCACGCCGCUCUACUACGUCAACGCGCCGCCGCACAUGGGCAGCGCAUACACGACCAUCGCCGCCGACGCUGUCGCCCGCUUCCAGAGAUUGCUAGAGAAGAGGGUUAUAUUCAUUACUGGGACAGAUGAACAUGGUGAAAAAAUUGCCACCUCUGCAGAGGCCAGUGGUAGAAACCCCAAGGAGCACUGUGAUAUAAUUUCAAAUUCAUACAAGAUGCUUUGGGCUGAUCUAGACAUCGAGUAUGACAAGUUUAUUCGCACAACUGAUCCUAAGCACGAGGCUGUUGUUAAUGACUUCUAUUCUAGAGUUCUAAGCACUGGUGACAUAUAUAGAGCUGAUUACGAAGGACUUUACUGUGUCAGCUGUGAGGAGUACAAGGAUGAAAAGGAGUUGGCAGAAAAUAAUUGCUGCCCUGUGCAUCUGAAGCCUUGUGUACCUAGAAAGGAAGAUAACUAUUUCUUUGCCUUGUCAAAAUAUCAGCAUAAAUUAGAAGAGCUGCUGACAAGAAAUCCCAAUUUUGUAAGGCCAUCACAUCGUUUGCACGAGGUCGAAGGCUGGAUUAAAAGUGGAUUGAGAGACUUUUCUAUUUCUCGUGCAUCUGUCGAGUGGGGUAUUCCAGUGCCAAAUGACACCAAACAAACAAUAUAUGUGUGGUUUGAUGCCUUAUUAGGGUAUGUUUGUAUGUUUCAUGCCUGCUGCUUGGCAUUUUCUUAUCUUUCAGCGUCCCUAGAUGAUGGGGAGCAGGCAAGUUUACAGCAAGCUGUUGAUCGGGGUUGGCCUGCAUCUCUACACCUGAUAGGAAAGGACAUAUUGCGGUUUCAUGCAAUUUAUUGGCCAGCAAUGUUAAUGUCAGCAGGGAUAAGCGUUCCUGAUGCAGUUUUUGGCCAUGGAUUCUUGACAAAGGAUGGCAUGAAGAUGGGAAAAUCACUAGGCAACACACUUGAACCAAAGGAUCUGGUAGGCAGAUUUGGAGCGGAUGCUGUUAGGUACUUCUUCUUGCGAGAAGUAGAAUUUGGCAAUGAUGGGGACUAUUCAGAAGAACGUUUUAUCAAUACAGUCAAUGCACAUCUUGCUAACACAAUUGGAAACCUUCUCAAUCGAACACUUGGUCUCCUAAAAAAGAACUGCAAUUCCACCUUAGCUUUUGAUUCAAUUGCUGCCGCAGAUGGCAAUUCAUUCAAGAAUAAUGUUGAAAACUUGGUGGACAAGGCGAAGGGCCAUUACGAAAAUCUUUCGUUGACAUCAGCAUGUGAAACUGUUCUAGAAAUUGGUAACUUGGGAAACUUGUACAUUGACGAGCAAGCACCAUGGUCUUGUUUCAAGCAAGGGGGCGAGAUUGCUGAAAAGGCUGCAAAGGAUCUCGUCAUUAUUCUAGAGACAGUGAGAAUAAUUGCAAUAGCAUUGUCUCCAAUCACUCCAAGCCUUUCGUUGAGGAUUUAUACACAGCUUGGUUUCACAGAAGACCAGUUUCGUACAUUGAGAUGGGAUGAUACCAAAUGGGGAGCCCUUAAAGCAGGCCAGGCAAUGAUGGAGCCGAAGCCAAUUUUUGCCAAAAUAGAAACCGAAGUCGAAGAGAAAGAUCAAGCAAGCCCAAAGGAGGGGAAGGGCGGGAAGAAGAAAGCACGUAGCAAAGGGCUCGUGGAGGCAUGA